GGAAUAUCAUUAGGAGAAGAAGAAGAAGAAGAAAUUCUGGCAAGAUGGCGAUGCCCGUGGGGAGGGCGCUGGUGGCUCUUCGCAGGGCAACAUGUAGCAAUUUUAAGAAUGCUGAGGCAUCGCUCGAUUUGAGGCAUCCUGCCCCACUUUUCCACCAGGUCCGGACCAAGAAGCGGUACUUUAUCCCUCCAGCGGUGCGGUCAAAGGGGAACAGUGAAGGGAACAAUGAGGCCAAAGCCCGAGCAGCAGGCAUUGUCUCGAGACAGGAGUACUUUGAGAGGCCCAUCAAUAUCGCCUGCUCUGCGGGAAUAUUCGACCCCUACAUCCCCCCAGAGGGCGAUGCUCGUCUUUCCAGUCUGUCUAAAGAAGGCCUGAAGCAACGGACUGAGCAGAUACGACAGAGUGCUGCUUCACAGCUAGCGAUUCGAAAAAUCAAAGAGCACGACUCAGAGUUCACCACAAAAGGUUUUGCCGUGAAAGCGCAAGAGAUCUUCAUCGAGGCUCACAACGCCCUGACACACUUCAACAAGGAGAACCUUCACUCCCUGGUGACAGAGCGAUGUUAUCCUGAGAUGACACGGGGGAACCGUUAUAAAACUAUCCGAUGGAGGUUUGUAGAGUCCCUGGAGCCGCCCAAAGUAGUCCACGCCCGUUGCCCCGACAUGGUCACCAAAGGAAACCUGUACGGCCAGGUGACAGUACGGAUGCACUCCAAACAGACACUUGCCAUCUACGACCGCUUCGGGAGGCUGAUGUUGGGCAGCGAGGAGAACCUGAAGGACGUUUUGGAGUACCUGGUCAUUGAACGACAUCUCGUCAACCCUUACAGCCGUUGGAGGUUACACGGAAAGAUAGUUCCUUCCUGGGCUCCUGCCAAAGACCCCAUUAUUCAGACUGUCAUGAUUCCUGGUCCAGAACUGAAGCCAGGAGAAGAGUUUGACGCCCUCAGCUAUCAAGUUCCCAAACCUGAGGCUAUUCAGUGGAAUAAAUAGACCACCAGGUGGCGCUGCUGUUUACAUCAAACCACAGUAGGACUUGGAGUCGCACAGUUAACAUUUUGGCUGGGGCUGGUUAGUUUGUCUUUUUUGGCAGAAAACCAUGCUUCCUUUGGAGUCUCUUGUUUGGUGUAAAAAGCUGCUGGCUGUGAAAACGCUGGAAGCAGCAGGUGAGUUUUAGAACGAACAAGCGACUGUCCAUAAGCCAGUUAAGCUGUGUCUUUCACUGCAGCAGAUACAACAGCACAUAAUGGAAUAAUAAUUACAAAUUCAUGGCUUCAACUUAUACCUUGUUUUACACAUUUUUCUUUUUCCAUGAAGAAUAACUUAAUAUUCAUAUAAAUUAAAUAAAGUGUACCGAUCUCCAGAAA